AUGAUACAACUCCAUCAUCAUCAUCAUCAUCUAUACCAACUCAGUUAUCAUCUAUACAACUACUACAAAGCAUUUUAUUCCUCAAGAAACAAUACCAAAGUUCAAGAAACAGAUAGAUGGAAGUGUGAUAGUGUUGACAAGAUUGGAGCCUCAAACCAAAGUGAAGAAGAACAAGAAGAAUAA